AUGGAUAGAAUUAUGUCUUCGAAUGUGAGGGGUCUCAAUACCCAUCAUAAACAGAGUGAGGUUAAGAAGUUAAUCUCCUAUUAUAAGGUUAGGUUGAUUGGGCUCCUGGAAACAAGGGUCAAGGCUCAUAAAUUGGGAGCUUUGUACCUUCAUAUGUUCUCGAGUUGGUGUUUCACUUUGAAUAAUGCGUGGAAUAAUGGAGGUCGUAUUGUGGUGGCUUGGAAUCCCACUAUGUUUUCGGUUUCUAUUAUUAAAUGUUCUAGCCAAUUAAUUCAUCUUUUGGUUAGACCAUUUGAUAAAGGAAAUGGUUUUUAUGUCUCAUUUGUGUAUGGUUUUAAUGAGGAGGAAGGGCGAGUUGGGUUGUGGGAGGAGCUGUCUGAAUGUGUCACUCAAGAGCCUUGGCUGGUGUUUGGAGAUUUCAAUGAUAUUCUACAUAAGGAAGAGAGGAUUGGGGUGAAACAAGGAGAUGAUAGAAUAUACUCUAAAAUUGAUAGAGUUAUGGCAAAUCAGAGGUGGCUAGAUUGGUAUACAGCAGCUGAAGUUGGUUUCUUGAAUGAAGGCAUGUUUGAUUAUUGCCCUGCCAUGUUGUCUGUUUACCCUGAUGUGGGGAAGGGUUUACUUAAGGAACUGAAUAGAAAGGGGUUUAAUGAGCUUCAUUCGGCACAUAUCAAGGCUUUACAGGAUCUCAAAGAGUGCCAGGACCAAUUAAAAGGAGAUUUGCUUAAUGAGCUGUUGAUAACUAAAGAAUCAAAGGCUAGGAAAAAAUAUUUUCAGAGAUACAAAAAUUGUAUUGCUCCUUUCUUCAUCAAAAAGCAAAGGUCAAAUGGCUUCAAGAAGGAGAUGAGAAUACAGAGUUUUUUCAUGCUAGCCUUCGGGAUAGAAGAGCUUAAAAUAGAAUUUACUCGGUUAAGACUGAAAAAGCUGGAAAACAGAAUUCCAGUUAACAAGACUGUGGUUAGACAUGGGCCAGUUGUGAGUGAUUUUCAAGCUCGAUUAUUACUGGAGCAAUUUUCUAUGGAAGAUUUAAAGAAAGUAGUGUUUUCUAUUCCUGGUAUAAAAGCUCCUGGUCCGGAUGGGUAUUGUAGCUAUUUUUUCCAAGAUUAUUGGGAUAAUGUUAGGGCUGAUUUUAGUGAGGCAGUGCUGUCUUUUCUCCACACAGGCAGGAUAUUAAAGGAAAUUAAUGCUACUACCCUUACUCUUAUUCCUAAGAGUAAGUGCCUAGAUAAUGUCAGUGAUUAUAGACCUAUUGCAUGCUGCAAUGUGAUUUACAAGGUGGCCACAAAAUUAAUCUGUACUCAUUUAAAGCAUGUAUUGCCAGAGUUGAUUGCUAAGAAUCAAGGUGGAUUUGUUCAUGGUAGAUUUAUUGCACACAAUAUUAUGAUAUGUCAAGACCUUGUGCGUCAUUAUGGUAGGAAGAGCUGCAAACCUAGUUGUAUGAUAAAACUUGAUCUCAGGAAGGCUUAUGACACCAUAGAAUGGGGAUUCAUAGAAGAAAUGUUGGAUGCGUUUCAGUUUCCUGGUGAGUUUGUUCAACUUAUUAUGAACUGUGUUCGAACUCCUAAGUUUUCUUUGAUGUUUAAUGGUGAGUUGCAUGGUUUCUUUGACUCCAAAAGAGGCAUGGAAUACUUGUCUCGAAUUAUGGGAAAGAUUAGGAAGAGAACUGAUUUUAGAUUCCAUGAUCGUUGUGAGGAACUUAUGUUGAACCACCUUAGCUUUGCUGAUGAUGUAUUAUUAUUCUGCAAUGGCGACUUCAAAUCGGUCUAUUUCAUGUUGCAAGGAUUGAAGUUAUUUUCCAAGACCUCGGGUUUAUUCCCAAGUGAAGCGAAAUCAGCCAUUUAUUGUGGAGGCAUGGAGGAAAAUGAGGUUCAGCGUCUGUUUGAUGCCUCUGGUUUUCAGCGAAGCUCCUUGCCUUUCAGAUACUUGGGAGUGCCAAUUUGUGCUAAAAAAAUUUCUUCCAAGGAGUAUUCGGUUCUCCUUGAGAAAAUGACUGGGUGUAUAAGACGGUGGAGCACUAGAAAUCUGUCUUUUGCUGGGAGGACCACUCUUAUUAACUCGGUUCUCAUUUCUAUUCACUCAUAUUGGAGUCAAUUAUUUCUUAUCCCGAAAAGAAUUCUGAAGGAUAUCAAUGCUAUUUGUCGGGCUUUCCUGUGGCACGGGACAUCAAUUAUUUCAAGUCCGGGAGGGAUUGCUUGGGAGAAAAUUUGUAGAUCUAAAAAGGCUAGAGGGCUAGGCUUCCAAAAUAUUCUGGCCUGGAAUAAAGCAGUGCUUGGGAAGUAUGUCUGGGAAAUUUCAUCUAAGAAGGAUGACCUGUGGGUUAAGUGGGAAGUCAAAAGCUGGCUCCAUUGGCAAGCUAAAACUGUUUCACUGCAGCAGCUAGUUAGGUGGAUUGCUCGUGCUAAGAUAAGCAAGUUCAAGAAGCUCUGCUUUGCUGCUUGCCUUGCUUCCCUGGUGUAUCAUGUUUGGCAAGCCAGAAAUGAUGCCUUUUGGUCCUUAAAAGUAGCUAGAAUUGAUUUAAUUGUAAAAAGGAUAACUGAAACUGUUAAAAAUAGAGUUAUAUUUGUUUGGCCUAAGCAUCUUGGCAAGCAAGAUAUAGAAUGGUUUGAGAAAUUAUAG